GGCUCUGUGGGAAGAAAGCCUCACGGUUCAGUUUUUCUGCACUAAAACUAUAGGCUAUGCUGGACGGAUGACUGAGCAUACGUUUUUCAGAGCUCCAUAGAGACCAAGACAUGACUCUUACCAGUCAAGCCACAGCUUCUUGGGCGACCUUAAUGGGAGCUCGAUGCUGACUUUUAUUUUCAUAGAAUAAAUUAUGACUUUAUAAGGACAAAAAUGUUUCCGUCCGAGCUUCGUGCGGCUGUAAUAACGCGUUUCUUCUCACUUGUUGCCGUGUUUCUCGUCUUUACGCACGGCCUCUCUGAAGCUGCGCGCUCGGACAAAUGCGCCUCCCGGUGCGACGUGAGCUCCUGUCCGAGCCCCAGCUGCCCCGGUGGGUACGUCCCGGACAGGUGCGGCUGCUGCCUGGUGUGCUCGCCGCGGGAGGGGGACCCGUGCGGGCGCAAAAACGACCUGCCGUGCGGGGACGGCCUGGAGUGUAAGGUUGCUACUGCGGGAAGGCGGCGGGGCUCCUCCAGGGGGGUCUGCCGGUGUAAGCAGGACUAUGAAGUGUGCGGCAGCGAUGGGAAAACGUACGGCACCGUCUGUAAGCUGAAAGCGGCCAGUCGGAGAGCCGCGCAGAAAGGGAGAGCCGCGGUGAGCCAAGCGCACAAAGGACCGUGUUCGGCUCCGGGCCCAGGUCGGUCUCUGGCCCCUCCCAGCAGCCCUCGGUACAAGUUCAACUUCAUCGCUGAUGUCGUGGAGAAAAUAGCUCCUGCUGUCGUCCACAUCGAGCUGUUUGUGAGACAUCCACUGUUUGGUCGUCAUGUGCGCCUGUCCAGCGGGUCCGGUUUCAUCGUGACUCACUCAGGUGUGAUUGUGACCAAUGCUCAUGUGGUGACCACUACCGGCACGGUGACUGGGAGGCCACAGCUGCGCGUCCAGCUCCACGAUGGAGACGCAUAUGAGGCUGCGGUCAGAGAUGUAGACAGGAAGGCAGACAUAGCCACUAUCAAGAUCAACCCACAGAAGAAGCUUCAUGUGCUGCCUUUGGGCAGUUCAGCUGAUCUGAGACCAGGGGAGUUUGUUGUUGCCAUCGGCAGCCCUUUCGCCCUGCAGAACACAGUGACAACAGGCAUCGUCAGCACGACUCAGAGAGACGGCAAAGAGCUGGGCAUCAAGGACUCGGACAUGGACUACAUCCAGACCGAUGCCAUUAUCAAUUAUGGCAACUCUGGAGGACCUCUUGUUAACUUGGAUGGCGAGGUCAUCGGCGUUAAUACUCUAAAAGUGACUGCGGGGAUUUCCUUCGCCAUCCCCUCGGACAGGAUCAGUCGCUUCCUCACAGAGUCACAGACCAAAUACAGCAAAGAAAAGACCCGGCUGCAGAGAAGAACGGAAGAACCUCAGUCUGAUGCAGAAGUGAAGAAAUACUUUUUAGGCAUCAGGAUGAUGACAAUCACCAAAGUUUUAGCAGCAGAACUGAAACUUCAAGACCCGAACUUUCCUGAAGUCAACAGUGGCGUUUUAGUUCAGCAGGUCAUACCUAACAGUCCAGCUGAGAGUGGAGGCAUUCAAGCAGGUGACGUUAUAGUGAAGCUAGAUGGACACCCGGUUCACACCACUGAAGACGUCCACGAAGCUCUGCAGGGCGAUCUGCCUCUCCUACUUGAGAUUCGCAGAGGAAACAAUGACCUACUGUUUAACAUCCAUCCUCAGCUGUUGGUGCAUUGAAAAAUAAGUCGGGACAUUUGUUUUCAGUUAGAGCUAACUAGUGAAAAGAUGAAGAAGCUUUUAAUAUAUCAAGAACUUUUACCUGUUACAAUGAUGCAUAUUUUGUUACAUUUUUACUUGCAAAAUGUUUGAUUUGUUUUCUUGAAAAGUAUUCAUACACCUGGGACCUUAGCAUGUUUUGUCAUGUUAACAGCAAGAGAUAUUAAUGUAUUGUUGUCCACUCUCACAUGUUUUGCAACAUUUACCAGAUUUUCUACAAGGAUCGCCCUUUGUUUAAUACAUCUUCUGACCAGGUUCCCUGUCCCUGCUGAAGAAAAGUCUUCCCACAGCAUAAUCCUGCCACCACCAUGCUUCAGUAUGGUAAUGGCAUGCUCAGUGUGAUGAACCAUGUUAGUUUUCUGCUGCAGUGUUUUUUCCUCGUUAACUGAAAAGUUCAGGUUUAGUCUCAUUUGAGCAGACUUGUGACAAACUGCAGACGGGACUUUUUUGGCUUUCUUUUAACAAUGGCUUUUGUUCUUGCCAGAAAGACCAGAUUUCUGACGUGCACAACCAAUAGUUGGUCUGUUAACAGAUUCCUCCGCCUCCAGAGUGACCAUUGGCUCCUUUUCUGAUUAUGGCUCCACCAGUCAAUUUAGGUAGAUGGUGGUAAAUGGAUGGAACAAAAGUGGGAUGUUGUUUUAUAAUCUCUCCUUUCGUUAAACAUUUUUGCAGCUUUAUCCCUUAAAUUACACACAGCUGGACUUUGUUUACUGAUUAGGUGACUUCGAAGGCAACAUUUUUCACUGGAUUUUAUUUAGGGGUAUCAGCAUCUGUAAAAAGAAAAACUGAAAGCUGUGUUUCAUCAUCUUUCCACUUCAAAAUUGACAGACCAGCCGUGUGUUGGUCUGUCACAAAAUGAUAAAUGUGAUAAAAUAUGAUGAAAUUUAACAGAUUUGAAUACUUUCGCGAGGCAGUUUUCAUUUUGACUAAUACAGUACAGCUCAAUACUCAGGGUGCUGCUGAGUAAAUGUGCUACACUGUACACUGAAGAUGUUUUAGAAUAAAAGCUUUAUAAUAGG